UGUUUCCUAAUCAUUCUUCCUUUCUGUGCUUCUCUCGAUUUCUUUCCCUAAUCAUCGUGUUUUUGUGCUCUCUUUUGUUCUUUCAGCCAUGACGAGAAGGAAGGUGAAGCUCGAGUACAUAACCAACGAUGCCUCGAGAAGGGCAGCGUUCAAGAAGAGAAAUAAGGGACUCAUGAAGAAGGUGAGUGAGCUGAGCACCCUGUGCGGCAUCAACGCGUGUGCCAUCGUCUACAGCCCCUAUGACCGCCAGCCAGAUCUCUGGCCGCCUUCCCGAAUGGCCGUUGAGCGCAUCGUCUCGAGGUUUAAGGAGAUGCCAGAUAUGGAGCAGAGCAAGAAGAUGGUGAGCCAGGAGGCGUACCUGAUGCAGCGGAUCGCGAAGGCGAACGAACAGCUCAAGAAGCACAGGAAGGAAAACCGUGAGAGGGAGGUGACCAGAGUCAUGUUCAAUGCCUUGGCUAGCACAUUCACCGGCACCGCCCCAGUUUGGCCUAGCUUGAGGGUGAUGGAUCUCCAUGACCUUGGAUGGGUGGUUGACGACUAUGUUAAGGAUGUCGUCAAAAGGUCGGACAGCCUCAAACAGGCCUUGGGGAUUGGUGGUGGCGGCGAAGUUGCAGCACCCCCGCCACCACUGCCAGAUGUGCCAGUGGAGGGAUUUCCUGAGACUGAAGCUGUGGGGCAAGUGGAAGCAGGCAAUAGCAUGCAAAGGCAACAAUGGUUUGUGGAUCUGGGGAAUCCCCAAUUGCCCAAUGUGCCAUUCGCUGGGAAUGAGCUGAUGCUGCUUCCAUUUGGUGGCAACAUCAAUAACAACAACAAUAACAAUCCUCAAAACGCUGUUUGGCCAAACAACAAUAACAACUAUCCUCAAAAUGUUGUCUGGCCAAACAACAAUCCCUUUUUUCCUUGA